AUGUCGGCACCUGGAAAUUACAGAGAUAGGCAUAGAAACGAUUGGUUUGAUCCACGUGCCGUAAAUUUUUCAAAUAGGGAGCAGGAAAGAGAAUUUUUAGAACACUCUCGUUAUCGUGAUCGCCAAAGUUACUACGAUUCACGUUAUCAAGAAAGGGAAAGGUCCCUCCCCCCACGUCCUACGCCGAGUGGUUUUUAUCGCGACCGUCUCUACCUCGCCCCAAUCUACGACCGUUACGACCAAGAUUAUGGCAGAGUCAGACCAACCUAUGGGUAUGACGUGCGGGAUUUUUACACACGUAAGGCCGGUCGAGGGUUUUGGAGUGAUACGGCGAAUUAUAAUUCCCGCCGUGACAGUUUUUGUGCGGAAUAUAAUCGUGUGGAGGAUAGGCAAUAUACGGAUGAGGACAGCGAGCGUGAGGCAAGUCGUGAGAGUUUUGACUGUGGCAAUAGACACAGAACCGACGAGCAAGAAGAAGACUAUGGACCACCGCAAGAAGAGGAUGAGGUGGAAGAAAUAGUGAUAGACGACCACGAAGAUCAGGAUCGUCUGCCAGGAUUCUUUAAGCGGCCAUGGCGCCCAGCAAAUCGAAGUCCAGAGAGUUUUGCAGGGCAGCAAGCGGCCAGGUCGCCAGCCGUACCCAGCUCACCGAGGCCGGGUUCAUCAAAGGAGCGUACCCCAGAGCCCCGUAGUCUAAGGUCGAAUGGUAGUAAAGAACCUGUACCGUUGGUAGUGCCACAAGAGGUCACCGAAGCUCUUUCCAGCUGGUUGACGAAAGGAGUACCAACUGACGAAUCUAAAGCAAUUUCAAAGAGGAUUCCGCUUGAUUUUGUGGACAAAGAAUUUUCGUUAAGACCACCCAAACUCGACGGCUACAUGUAUAGACGGGCAAAGGAUAAAGGGAAGUUAAAAGCAGUCAAUGCGGCGGAGGAGUCGCUGGUCACGACGCAACUCAAGAUCAUGGAUAUUGGCCCGCCACUUAUAGACCUCUAUACCCGCAUUCUUUCCCUCAGUGAUGGAGAAUCGGAAAGAAAAGCCCAGGAUUUGGUAAAGGACGCACUACAGCAGUGGUCUCGCGCCUAUCACCACGUUACCCGGCAGAGAAGGCGAUCGGUGGUUGCCUUAGUGGAACCCGGUUUUGACUUUCUUACAGCUGACCCGGAAGCGUUUGCACCCGGAAAGGAGGCUCGAGAGCUCCUUUUUACGGGAAAGUUCCUGGAGUCGAUGCUUAAAGAAGCAUCGCAGGACGCAACAUUGGCUAAAAUCUCAAAGACCAAGACAAGUUUCAGGUCCAGAGGAAAUGGGUCAAUGGACCAUUCUCAAUCAGCAUCGAAGCACCCUUUCGUUUUGCGCCCGAGGAAGACGAGGGAGCAGCCACCGCAACGAGUUGGAGGGGAAAGAGGACGACCGACUGGGGCUAGUUCCUGGUUACGGGGAGGCCAAAGGUACGUUUUUAAUCCCCAAUCUAUUAUUUGUUCUAAACGCCGGGCGGAAGAGCAAGUGGGUGCUAGGUUGAUAGCUUUUGCGGAUCGUUGGACGGUGGUAACGGACGAUAAAUGGAUCCUCGAUAGUUUAUCGCAUGGCGUUAAACUCGAUUUCAGCAUUUCACCUACUCAUCGCACAAUUCCUGUCUCUGUUGUAAUGCCCAAAGAGAUGGAGGCAGUUUGUGACAGAGAAGUGAGGGAUCUUGUCAGAAAGCGGGCUAUUAGAGAAAUCACUGACGGGUCUGAAGGGUUCGUUUGUUCUUUAUUUGUGAUUCCCAAAAAAUCGGGUGGGUUUAGGCCUAUCAUUAAUCUGAAGCCCUUAAAUCAAUUUAUUCGGUACGAACACUUCAAGAUGGAAAAUCUAGAAUCGGCUCGUUUUCUUUUACCAAAAGGGGAUUGGAUGGUUAAACUAGAUUUAAAAGACGCCUACCUGACGGUGCCGGUUUGUGCUGCCCACCAAAAGUUUUUGCGGUUCCAGUGGAAGGGGCGUUUAUUCCAAUUUGCCUGUCUGGCCUUUGGUCUGGCUUCCGCGCCAAGGAUUUUUACAAAAAUUCUCAAGGUUGUCAUGGGUUUUUUGAGAAAAAAGGGCGUAAGACUGAUAAUCUAUUUGGAUGACAUCUUAAUUUUGAAUGUGUCUGAAGAAAGCACAUUAGGGGAUCUUAACGUAACCAUCCAGUUGCUAAAACAUCUGGGUUUUUUAAUAAAUUGGGAAAAAUCCGUGUUGGUCCCUACGCAAGUCCUAGAAUAUCUGGGGCUAGUAAUCGACUCGGUUCGAUUGUCCUUCGCCUUGCCAAACAUCAAAGUAAAAGCAGUUAAGAAGAUGUGUGAGGCGGCGCUUGCGGCGGAAUCAAUUUCUUUGCGAAAGAUUGCGUCUAUCAUGGGCAACGUUACCUGGGCGAUCCCAGCGAUUCCAUACGCUCAGGCGCAUUACCGUAGAUUGCAAUGGUUCUACAUCAAACAAGCGCAAUCGGCCAAUUUCAAUUUAAAGACUAGAUGCUCACUUUCAGCGGAAGCUCGUGAGGACCUGGAAUGCUGGGUGUUUAAUCUAAACAAAACCCAAGAUAAAAUUUUCUUUCCCCACACACCAGAUCUCGAGAUUUAUACAGAUGCGUCGCUAUCAGGUUGGGGUGCAUGCUGUGAUGAAAUCAGAACGAGAGGAUCUUGGACGCCAGCGGAUAUAAAAAAGCACAUUAACGAGCUCGAACUAUUAGGAGCGUUCUUUGCGGUACAGGCGUUCGCUGCUCAGUCUAAGAAUAUCUCAAUUAGGGUAUUCUUGGACAAUUCGACAGCUGUAGCCUAUAUUAAUCAUUGCGGGGGUUCUCGAUCUCAGGCCCUGACUAACGUAUCUGCCCAGCUUACAACUUGGUGCGAGAACCGCGGCAUAUCGUUGGAGGCGGUUCACGUAGCGGGCAAAUUAAAUAUCAUUGCGGAUGAAGAGUCACGAGCCGGGCCAGACGCCGGGGAUUGGAAGUUGGAUCCGCGCGUUUUCAAGUGCAUUCAGGAACUAUGGCCGUCAGUCGUUGACGCUUUCGCAACACCUUGGAACGCACAGCUUCCAUCAUUUAUUUCAUGGCAUCCGCAACCUGGCGCAAUGGCAACAAACGCCUUUUCAGUCAAUUGGAAAGGGUUGUUGGCUUACUGUUUCCCACCAUUCGCCUUAAUUUUCAAAUGCUUAGGAAAGAUCAGGCGGGAAAAAUCUGUAGUGGUUUUUUUUUGUCCAGUUUGGAUAGGCCAGCCGUGGUUCCCGUUAUUGCUGGAGCUCUCCUGCGACGUCCCACGUCUUCUUGCGCCGUCUCAGACCCUUUUGAAAUCAGCACUGGACGAAACUCACCCGCUUACCUGGAACAAUGCGCUGCACUUGGCCGUCUGGAAGCUGUCAGGAGACAGUAACUUGAGCGAGGAUUUUCGACAACGGUGGUCGACUUACUCAUGGCCGGAAUUAGGCCCAACACCCAAACCGCUUAUGAGUCAGCAUGGAGAAAUUGGGUGCAUUGAUGUAUGGGGAGGCGUUCGAAUCCCUUCUCAAUUGUUAUAG